AUGGGUUCUUCUAAUUCUUUAUUGGGUCUUCUUGCCCUUCUCCUUGUCUUUGCAGCAGGCCAUGCAGCUGCAGCUUGUGCCUCUACUGAUAUUAAUUGUGCCGUUGCUGCUCCUAUGCCUAAUGCUAUGUUUUACAAAAACUAUUAUGUCACAUUCGGUGGUAACCAUCUAGCUUCGGAAAAACAAUACACGGAGGCACGAGACGAGCUUGACUUUGAGUUCCUGGCUGGUCCUACUUUUGUUCUACAAACCAAUGUGUUUGCUAAUGAUUUAGGAGGUAGAGAACAAAAGAAGAUUCUUCCGUUUGAUCCCACAGCAGAUUUCCAUAAUUAUUCAAUCCUCUGGAAUCAAAAACAAAUAGUGUUUUUUGUGGAUGAUACUCCAAUCAGAGUGUUUAGAAACAAUACAAAUGUUGGAUUCAAGAAAUACCCCUCAACACCAAUGAUGCUAAAAGCAACCAUAUGGCAGGGAGAUUGGAGGCCUAAGAGACUCACCAUGGGAUUGCUGCCAGAGUUGGAAGAACCGGCUGCCGGAGUUGAUGGGCAGCAAACCAGUGAUGACAACGGAGAGCUUGAGAUGCUGCCGUGA